AUGCGGUGGAAGGUCGUCAGCUGGAUAGAGAUCAUCAAGGUUGUUGCCCGGCUAAGCCUGCUCAAGCUGAGCGGCCGGAGGAUGGUCACCGGCACCGUGGUGCCUGAGCGCCUGGUUGACCCAGCACGGUCGCGCUGUGGAAGGGCGAGCGCAACCGAGGGGAACGCCGACCUGGGCGGCUUCGUGACCGCCGAGGCGCGGGAGCCCGAGAAGGUCGCCCCUGCGCUGUCGCUGAUCCGCAAAUACGGACCGAUGGGGCUCGCUGGCGAGCUGCUGUUCAUUCUGCGUCCGAUCAUCUACGUCCUGUCGCUGCGCAAGAUGGGCAAGCGCGACUGGCGGCCCUGGGCGCUGUCGCUGGUCGUUGAGCUGGCUAGCAGACAGCUGAUCCGCACCGACCUGCGGCCUGCGUCGGGCUCCGAGCGCACCGUCGAGAAGGACGAGCUGUCGCGCAGAAAGUGGCUGUUCCUGUACUAUUUGCUGCGCUCGCCGUUCUUUGACAGAUUCACUGAAUCGCGCCUCACCAGGGUAGCCGACUGGUGCAACAACAAGCCACUGCUCAGCCUGCUGGGCGCGCUGAUCCAGGACUACCAGCCCCUGUGGCAGCAGUACUACUUCUACACGGCCGCAUCGUAA